AUGAUGCAGGACCCCGGCGUCGCGCUCAUCACUGGAGGAGCGACCGGGAUUGGCCUAGCGACGGCGCGCCUCCUCCUGUCGGACGGGUGGAAGGUCGUCAUCGCGGACCUCCAGCGCCCGCGCGGGGCCUUUGCCAGCGGGCUCGCCUACAUUCCGGCCGACGUGACGGACCCGUCCGAGCUCAGCUCCGCGUUCGCCGAGGCCGAGGCGCUCGGGUACGUCCGCGCCGUCGUGGCCAACGCCGGCGUCGUCGAGCACGCGUCGCCGAUCGAGGAGAUGUCCCUCGGCGAGUGGCAGCGCGUCAUGGCCGUGAACGCCACGGGCACCUUCCUCACGAUGCGCGAGGGCAUGCGCGCGAUGAAGGCGCACGGCCACGGCGGCGCGCUCGUCGCCAUCGCGUCCGUCGCGGGCCUCUCGGGCCACCCCAACAUCAGCGCGUACACCUUCUCUAAGGGGGGCAUGGUGGCGCUCGCGCGCGCGCUGGCCAUCGAGGGCGCGCCGCACCGCAUCCGCGCGAACUGCGUCGCGCCCACGGCCGUCGACACCAGCAUGACGCGCGGGCAGAUUGCGCGCAGCGGGCUCGACCCGGCCAAGAUGGACGCCAAGGAGCUGGAGGGGCUGUUCGCGGGGAUGAACCCGAUGCCGGACCCCGUGCGCGCGGCGGACGUGGCGGAGGCGGUGCAGUUCCUGUGCAGCGAGGCCGGGCGGAUGAUCACGGGCGUGACGCUGCCCAUUGAUGCCGGGCGGACAACGAGCCACUGGGGCGGGGCGAUGGAGGCACCCGCGCCGCAUGGAUCGCGCUAG